AUGGGUAAGUUCUAAACAUUAAAAAUCUAAAGAAAAAGAGAGGUAAGCUUAAUAGUUCAGCAAAAGUGGGCACGAGAGCAUAUUGGGUCAGUUCUCAGAAAGAAUAAGCUGAGGUCUUCCUAUGUAUUCCUUCGUAACAUUUUCCCCUGAUUUCCCUCAUUCUUUUUUCAAGUUCCUCUGCAACUUUAAUGAAUUCUGCGUCCUCUCGUCCGCUUUACUCUCGUUUUCUCCGCGCGGCGACGUCUUCCGAACGGGCGGCGAGAGGCGCGGAGACGCAGACGCACGAGACGGCUGCAUCGUCGCUCCAUUGGCAAAUCAGCUGUUGUUUUUCGAGUUGACGAAAAGAGGCGAGGCGGCAGUGACGAAGAGAGCCAGAAAGAGCUCCGUCGGCCGACGCCCGCCUUCUAUCAUUGAUUCCGAAUCGUUCCGUUCCGUUUCUCCACUUCCAUUUUCAUUCUCAUCUUGUUUUCAGUCGAUGCCCGAGUUAUGCGAGUGCUCGCUUCGCUGCUGAUAUUAUCGUGCCUUCUGGGAGUGACAGCCGUCUCGGAGAGCGAAAAAGAGGUGAGGAAAGGCGAAGAAUCAGAUGGGGAGCAAAAAAAAAGAAGGAAAUGAGCACGGCCGCCCGGGCGGAAAGAGUCCUUUUUUAAAAGGGGGAUUAGCGGCCGACGGAUAAGUCUGUUCGGACGGACGGACGGAAAGAAGAGCUGGAAAUAAGAGAGAAGACGUUAUUUCGACAGCGGAGAAAUGAACUGAUUAUCUUUUGAAUUGGUGCGGAAGAGAUUAGAGUUUUGAGCCUAAUCUCUUUCUGUAAAUUCAUUUUCUUCUAUUUCUCGAUUCUUGAAGUUUGAAUCCGCUAUGCACCACUCCAAUUCUCUUUUUCGCUCUUCUGACUCAAUUCGGCGGUUGUUUUCGCACUGAGUUGGGUUUCCCAGAAACUCUUUCUCUCUCUCGCUCUCCUGCUUUCUUUGUCAUCUCUCGUGGGUUUUAAUUAAUUAGAUCCGAAGCGAGAAGAAUGAAUGAAUCAUUCGCGACUUCCGUCCCCUUCUCGCUUCUUGUUUUGUCCAUUCCACACGUGUUUUCCAGCAAUAACAUUUAUUAGUGGGGGAUUCUGAAGCUCUCCGGCCGUCUUGGGGAAUGUUUUUGAGCGCAGAGCUUUCACAUAUAAUUGGUAUUUGUCGAGAAGGUUUUUGAAAAUGAAAGGGUUUGAAGGCAAAACGAAAAUGAAGAUGUCGGGGAGAAAAAUGAGGAAAAGGGCGCGGAGAGCGAGUGGGGAAAAGAGAAAGAAAAAGGAGAUUGAGCCAAUGAUGUGCUCUGUGGCCAAAAUGAGAAAAGAGCAAUCGAUUGCAGAAACUGAGAGUGUUGAAACGAAACAACCUCUUUAAACUGGACAUUUCGGCCGAGUCGAAGGCCGAAUUCAAGUCCUUCAUGGGCGCAUUCUGCCUGACGACGCUCUCGGCCAAGGACUUCCUCAACAACUACAUCCUCUGGGAAGGCGUCGAGUUCCUGGACGGUGUCAGAGACUUGUGAGUUGCUUGCGGAAGACGUGCGGGGAGAAAAGAGCGUGAUUUCAGUCUGGACCCAAUGAACACUGACCAAGGAGCCGUCAAAAAGUACUUCCACCACAUCGGGCACGAAUUCACGAACAACUGCACCAAAAAGGACCACAAGAAGAUUGCGUUCGAGCACGACGUCGUCAAACAGAAAGGAGUCCUCGAGAACUUUCUCUACGACCAAAUGACGAGAUCCGAGUGGACGACGAUCAACUUGUGA